CCCGCCGUUCCCGAGACCAGAGCGCUGGGAGACGCGGUGACACGGCGCGGGACUGGCGCGGAGCUCUCGGGCUCCUCAGUCUCCCUCCCCUCCCCUCCCUUCGCUGUCUUCUCCUUCUCAGCCGGACCGGAACUAUGUGAUCCCGGAAGUUCCGGGGCCAUUGCUGUGUGGGAUAAACAGUAAUGGCGGAGGCUGCGGCUCCCGGAACAACAGCCACAACAUCAGGAGCAGGAGCGGCAGCGGCGGCGGUGGCAGCGGCCUCCCUCACCUCUAUCCCCACAGUCGCUGCCCCGUCCCCGGGGGCGGGAGGAGGGGGCGGCGGCAGCGACGGCAGCGGCGGCGGCUGGACGAAACAGGUCACCUGCAGAUAUUUUAUGCAUGGGGUUUGUAAGGAAGGAGAUAACUGUCGAUACUCUCAUGACCUCUCUGACAGUCCAUAUGGUGUAGUGUGCAAGUAUUUUCAAAGAGGGUACUGUGUUUAUGGAGAUCGCUGCAGAUACGAACACAGCAAGCCACUGAAACAGGAAGAAGUGACUGCUACAGAUCUGAGUGCAAAACCAUCCCUUGCUGCUUCCUCAAGUCCCUCUUCUGGCGUUGGAUCACUUGCUGAAAUGAAUCCAGGCGAAGCUGAGUCACGAAACCCAAACUUUCCAACUGUAGGAGCAGGUUCAGAGGACUGGGUGAAUGCCAUUGAGUUUGUCCCUGGGCAGCCCUACUGUGGCCGUACUGCCCCUUCCUGCACUGAAGUACCCCUGCAGGGCUCAGUGACCAAGGAAGAGUCAGAGAAGGAGCCAACUACGGUGGAGACAAAGAAGCAGCUUUGCCCCUAUGCUGCAGUGGGAGAGUGUCGCUAUGGGGAAAACUGUGUGUAUCUCCACGGAGACUCCUGUGACAUGUGUGGCCUGCAGGUCCUACACCCAAUGGAUGCUGCCCAGAGGUCACAGCACAUCAAAUCUUGCAUUGAGGCCCAUGAGAAGGACAUGGAGCUCUCGUUUGCUGUUCAGCGCAGCAAGGACAUGGUGUGUGGGAUCUGCAUGGAGGUGGUUUAUGAGAAAGCCAACCCCAGCGAGCGUCGCUUUGGGAUCCUCUCCAACUGCAGCCACACCUACUGUCUCAAGUGUAUUCGCAAGUGGAGAAGUGCUAAACAGUUUGAGAGCAAGAUCAUAAAGUCCUGCCCUGAAUGCCGGAUCACAUCUAACUUUGUCAUUCCAAGUGAGUACUGGGUGGAGGAGAAAGAAGAGAAGCAGAAACUCAUUCAGAAAUACAAGGAGGCCAUGAGCAACAAGGCGUGCAGGUAUUUUGAUGAAGGACGUGGGAGCUGCCCGUUUGGAGGGAACUGUUUUUACAAGCAUGCGUACCCUGAUGGCCGUAGAGAAGAGCCACAGAGACAGAAAGUGGGAACAUCAAGCAGAUACCGGGCCCAACGAAGGAACCACUUCUGGGAGCUCAUUGAGGAGAGAGAGAACACCCCCUUUGACGACGAGGACGAGGAGGUUGUCACCUUUGAGCUGGGCGAGAUGCUGCUUAUGCUUUUGGCCGCAGGUGGGGACGACGAGCUGACAGACUCUGAGGACGAGUGGGACUUGUUUCACGAUGAGCUGGAGGAUUUCUAUGACCUGGAUCUAUAGCAGCCUUGCAUGGCGCGGGAACUGGUCUGCGGAGCCUCAGACAGUAGCUGUCCCCUGUGCUGUGUGGCAGUGCGUGUGGCUCUCCUAGGCAGGCCUCUCAAACUCCAGGUGCUGUGAUCACUACCCAGGGCCUGCUCUUCUACCCUCACCUUUCCCCCAAGAGUGUGUUGUUUUCUCUGUUUUCAAAAGUUACAAAAAUAAAUCUUAAAGUUAG